AUGAGUCACCUUUCUCGUUCUCCGAAUCAUCAACAUCCCACACUGCCUCCACAAAAUGUAAACACAUACCAAUACCUAGUGUCAAAUAUUGCCAUACUCUCGGAGCAAGCUCAUCAAACUCUUCAAUCGCAACAACACCAAUUUCAAUCGGAGAUUUCUUCAUGGAUUUCGGAAGAGCAAUUGAUCAAUAAUUGUUUGCAGGCCUUGAGAAUUAAAAAGCAAAGGCUCAUGAAAAAGGCUUCUAAAUUAAAACAAGAGGUGAUACGACUUCAUAAUUCAUUGAAUUAUCAUGAGCACGAGGAAAAUCCAUCAAUAACAACUAAAAGUAAUUCCGAUCUAGCCAUCAACCCUAAAACCUUGCUCGCUCCUCCAGAAAACAAGACGUUGACUCAAAAUGUUCUUCAGAAACAAACUGCACUAGCCACUCCUCUUUCCCUAAUUUUGGAAGACGAUGAUGUAGAAAUAACAGAAGAGAAUCACCAUAACCAACACAAAAAGACAACCACUCAACAACAACACAGAGGGAAUGUAAACCAUCACCCAACAUCCUCGUCUUCACGAAUUGGAGCAAUGAGUAUCAAUUUUGAUUCUCCCUCGUUCGCAGCAACAAUGACAGGUUCUAGAAGCAAAAAAGAGUGA